AUGAAGAUUCUGGUUACAAGAACAGUAAAGGUCCCAGAAAACUGCACAGUGAGCCAAGAAGGAAAGGUCUUUACGUUCGAGGGGCCAAAGGGGAAAAUAGUGGAGGAUUGCACGCGACAUCCCUUGACAUUUGAUAUUUACGAGGGGAACAUCCGAAUAAGGCUCUGGAAUGGAAAGAGAAAAGCGGCAGCUCUUGCAAUAACUGUUGAGUCGCUGCUGAAGAAUGCCAUUAAAGCUGUCACAGUAGGGUUUGCAUAUACAUUGAAGGCCGCAUACAACCACUUUUCCAUUAACAUGGAGGUGAAGGAGGAUGGGAAGGUCCUCCUUGUGAAGAACUUUCUUGGAGAAAAGAAUGUUAAGGUAUUUAGGAUGCGUGGUGUUGCUAGGGUUAGGCUUGACGAGAGAAAGGACACAAUAGUUAUUGAGGGGCCGUCUCUUCCCGAUGUCUCUCAAAGUGCAGGGACUAUCUCCAACGAAUGCAAAGCAAAGAAUCGUGAUAGUAGGGUAUUCCUUGAUGGGAUCUUUGUUACAGAGAGAGGAGUUAUGGCUUAA